GCAAUUACCUCCCAGUGUGUGUAGCUCUCAUCGCGACAAAUUAUUGCCUCAUAAUUUUAAAUUUAACAUCUAAACUGACUGUGGUCAGCAGUCAUGAGCCCCCCUAUUACUGUAAAGGUCAAUUUCAGGGGGAGCGUGAAGAAGUUUCCUGUUUUGGAUUCGGAGAAAGCUCAGUGGGAGACAGUGGAGGCCUGGAUUAAAACAUCAUUUGGGUUGUGCUCCUUUCAAGUAAAAUAUUUUGACGAGGACAACGAAGAGGUCUCCAUAAACAGUCAAGAGGAAUACACAGAAGCUUUAAAGAGUGCAUUAAAACAGGGCAACCAACUCCAUAUGAAUGUAUAUAAGAUGAAAGGCCAAGUUGAAGGAGGUGUGGGAAAGAUAGAAAUGAAAGAACUGAAGCUUGAGACAAGGCCAGCACCACCAUAUCGUGCCAGGGUGAAAAUGGCGGACAAAGAGACCCAGGUCACCCCCGAGCGGGACUUGGGGGUUGUUAAAGAAACCAAAUGGACCAAAGCGGAGGAAGAGGCAGUCCCAGCCUGGUUCAGAUCUUACAUGGAUAAGUUUAAGGACCAGGUGGUGAGGGAGGUGGUGGACAAGAUGUGUACUGAGUUCUCUGGCCAGUGCUGCACACACAGAUCCUCUGACCCACACUCGGAGGAACCUGGCCCGUCUGGCGCUCAGGUGUCAAAGGUCAGCUCCACUACGGCGAGAACGACCAGUUCAACUCCAAACUGCAGCAGCUGCAAAGGCCCGGCCACCGGAGGAGGAUACCAGUGCAGCGUGUGUCCGUCUUGCAUCUUGUGCGAGCCGUGCAGCGUCAAACACGAUCCCAGCCACAAUCUGAAGAGAACGAGAACUCCCCUGUCUGUGCCCGAGCGCGGCGUGACCCCAGAACCCAGGUUCUUGCGGCGCGGGGACAGGACGGUGCGGAAGGCGGAGCGGCAGCGUCUGAAAGCCGAGCGGAGGCAGCUGAAAGCGGAAGUAAAGGAGAUCAAGAAGAAACUCAGGCUUGAGAAGAGGGGCCUGCUGUGGAGUGGAGCCUCCAGUGGGACCGGCAGUUCGGCCUUGGCCCCCGCCCCAGCCCCUGCCCUGGCCUCAGACCCUCAAGCCUCCAGUCCAGAGAGUCCCAAGGUCUCCUGCUCCACAUUGGUGCCCACAAUGACUGCCUUGUUUCUGGAUGAGAAUCUCCCUGAUGGCACUUGUUUGGAGCCUGGCACCAAGUUCAUCAAAUACUGGAAGAUGAGGAACACUGGUAACAUCAGCUGGACCUCUGAGACUAAGCUGAAGUUUAUGUGGGGAAACCUGGCCCUGGAGUCGCCGGAGCAGAAGGAGGUGGCGGUGCCCUUCCUGCAGCCGGGGCAGGUUGGCGUCGUGAGCGUGGCCUUUGUAGCUCCCAUGUUGGAGGGAACCUACACCUCCCACUGGCGCUUGGCGCACUGCGGGGAGCAGUUUGGGCCACGGGUGUGGUGUAGCAUUGUAGUGGUCCCCAGUGCUGGCCAGAAAACUGCCUCUUGCCGCAGCAAACCCCUGAGGAGCGAGUCCAGUCUAAUGGUGAAGGAAGGCAUGUGUAGGUCUGGCUCCAGAGACUGUGAAACUCAAGUCUCUACGGGCUGUCAGAGAGAGUACUACAUUCCCUCUGUGGACCUGCUCACUGCUCAGGAUCUUCUGUCAUUUGAGCUCCUGGACAUUAAUAUUGUGCAAGAGUUGGAUAAAGUCCCAAACAAUACUACUGUGGAUACGGCUCCGUGUAUAUCUCCUCUCCCGUCCCGCUGUGCCGGAGAGGGAAAGCGCGGCCCGGGGCGGGUCAAAGAGGAUGCGGACCGCGCUGGCCUGAAGACACUCCAAGCUGAGCCUUCUCAGAGGCACAUCGAGCACCUGGACUCUCCAGGCCACGAGGAGGGCGACGAGGACUUUAGCAGCACUCAGUUUGUGUGUGAGACCGUGAUCCGAUCUCUCACUCUGGAGGAAGAACCCGACCACAAGCCCCGUCACAGAGGCAGACCCAGCCACCGCCAGUGUGAUGCAGUGCAUGACUCCGUCUCCUGUUGUGAGAGGGGCUUGCUUCCAAGGGGCGAAAGAAACGUUGGACCAACUGCAAAUAGACCAGAAGCUCCGCUCUCCGCCCCCCAGAGGGCCAUAGUUGAGGAACUGGUAAAUCCAGGACCAUUGAUGGACUCAAAUGAAAACCUAUAUACUGACCCAGCUACGUUGGAGAAUGAGGAGGAAGAGGAGCAGAAGCAAAAGGAUGAAGAUAAAGAGGGAGAGGGUGCGGACUGGGACGAGGUGAGCAGUCAGGUGUCCUCUGCCUCGUCCGAAGACUACAUCGUCGUCCUCCCUGACUGCUUUGACACCUCCAGACCACUGGGGGAGUCCAUGUACAGCUCAGCCAUGUCCCAGCCUGGAGGCACCAGCACCACAAAGCUAGCCCCAGAGCUUCAGGACCAAAGCCCAGCAGAGGGGGAGAUUCUGAUGGGAGCAGCUGCCCCCUCCACCCACAGCAGUGUGAAUAGACUGUUGUGUGCAUCUCAGACCUUGGACACCCCCCCUCUCAUUCCAGAGGUGGUGCUCGCCCCCGUCUCGUUGUCCCCGCCCCCGGUGCUCCGCACACACAGGUCCAUAGUGUCAUGUGACACAGGCUUAGGACCAGAGGCCUCUGAGGCACUCAGAUCACAUCAGCCCCAAAAUGACUUAAACGAGGCCGAACCUGUGCAUGCUGAGGUGCCUGGCAGUGCUUUUGAGGUCUGUGGAUCUCAGGAUUACAGGGUUCGUCAAGGGGGGCUCACGGAGGGGCUUGUUAAGGGAGCACUCUCGGUGGCAGCGUCUGCCUACAAGGCCCUCUUCACAGGCCAGAGUAGCUCCUCACAGCGGCCUGUUGUUGUCGACGCAGCAAACGAGGGCGCCUCUAUGAUUGCAGUACUACAGGAAAUGGGGUUUACCGACCAGCUCCUCAACCAGAGGCUGCUAAGGAAACACAAUUAUAACCUGCUGGAUGUAGUCAAUGAGCUGGUGCAGAUGACUGACAAUGAGUGGUACACAGCACGCCAUUAAGGGGUGCCAUGGCAACCGUAGCUACAUCUCCAUAGCAACCCCUAUGUCAUCAGCAUGGGAAUUUCAGAGUUAUUAAGUUCAGUCUUGGAGGAAAAUUCUCAUUCAUGACAGGAAUAAUCUUGCUGUUCUCAGUUUCUUUGGAGAGCACCAGGACUCUCUUUUUAUGACAGUUAACAAAGAGACUGAUUACUUGAUUGUGAAGGUAAAAAGGAUAAAUUCAUUGGAAAUUAUGAAAGGGGGAAGUAAUGAAAUGUGGUUUAUUUUGUGAUUUCUUCUAUCAUUUCAUUUAAAUAAUAGAAUGAAAGAAAAGGUGGUUUUAAAAGAAGCUUAAGGUCAGCUUUAGAAAACACUAAGAGAGACACCCUCCUGUAGAAAUAUAAGCUAACAGCUGCAGUUUUCUUUAAAUGAGUCACAACCAAUGAGUCAAGUCAGUAACAUAGAAAAAGAAGCUGAGCGCCUGUAUCUUUGUCAUACUGGCCCUGGUGCAUUCUUACCAAUCUCUGAACAACACUAAUUCUUGUUAUAUUUCACACUCUUCCUACGAGUGUGGUAUGAAGAGAAAACUGAAGAGUGUGAAAAGCUGUGUAAAGCCAUUAAGUCAGUCAAUGAAAGCUCAUUUUAUUUUAUUUUAUUUUAUGAAUCGUUUUAUUGUCUGUAUGUGCUGAUUUUCUCUUCAAGUUCAACAUUUGAUAUUUAAUCUGGCUUCAGUACUCCAAGGUAUCUAAUGCUAUGACAAGAGAGAGAGAAAAAAAGAAACAUUCCUUCGGAAUGGAUAAAGGAACCAAGUUUUAUUUUUUAUAACUAUUCAUUCUACAAUGCUGUUGACAGUUAUAGAUAUACCAUAUGUUGUUAGACUUAAUUUGAAUUGCGUGUUCACAUCUUGAAUAGAUGACAAUGAUUUUGUGUUUUUUUGCCAUUGGUGUAUGGAUGGUGAACUGCUCCCACCAACCCGGGGUUUCAGUAAUGAUUUCUCUUUAGUUUCAAUAACCCGGUUCAACUCCAGAGAUGCUUACGGAUUGCUAACGGAUUGCUCUUAACAGUUAAUGUAGUCAUAACUGAGUUUCCGAGAGGACUUGAUUUACAGCAUAUUAUGACAGUUUUGCUGAAUGCUGCACCGUUUUCUACUUUAGUCAGCUUUUCCUUGACUUCCUCUAACGAAGAUACAGGAAGGGGCUGGAUUUUCUUUCUUUCUUUCUGUUUUUGUUGUUUCGCAUUUGUGGUGUAAUUGCUGUUAAAUUGUGGUUGUCAGUUGCAGCAAGUUUAAUCGCCUCAAGUUUAAACUUCUCCUAAUAAGACUAGCAGCAUUUUCUCUGAUGACGCGAUAUUGUAACUCCUACAUUGUAUUGAAACUACAUGAAAUUUGGUGUUGGGCUUCACCGUAGAUUUUCAGACGCGUUUUCUUUUUUCAGUGGAGAUGUGCACAACCCACCACUCCCCUACUUAAAGUUACGUACCAACCCUUUUGCAGAUCAGCUCUGAAAAACAGAGUGUAUCUUUUGAUUUGUAACUUUUUUCCUCAAAAUUGACCAAACACAUGACCAUGGUAAUGGUAGAAUGACAUAUUGGGAAAACAAGUUUCAAGUUCUGUCCUGACUGUAGGCUUAUUGGUAAUUUUAGCCAACGUCACGUGAUCCACGUCGACAAAGAUAUUACGCAGUCAGCAAUGAAUUACUUUAGCUGACUCCAGGAACAUUCUUGCACAUUCUUUAGGUAUACAGCAAGUAAAUAAACAUUACAGGUUUCAUACUGCUUGUUAUGAGUCUUUGUAUAGUUUUAAUUAUAUUAUGCAGUCGAAACGGCUGUUUGCUUC